AUGCGACGAGGUUUAGUUGGACGUUUGUUUCUUCUUCUACGGCCAAUUCGUUCUCAGUUCAGUUACUGGAUUAUAAAUCCAAAGCCUUUUUGCCCAUUAACAAACUGCAACAAAUCAUUUCGUAUUCCUGGCCUGUUUAUUCUUAUUAUUUUUGGGAUACCAAUUUCGUUGUCGCUCGAUUAUUUAAUUUUGCCCCUUUCUCUCUUAAUUUCUGUUUUAUUAUUGUUACUUGCUUUAUGGUUUUGUUUUCAGUACCUAGAACAGACAAUAGUUUAUGCUUGUGAUGAACCACCGUCUUCGAAAUUUUUAUACAUGAAUCCAUCAUGUUUUGGAUUUUCUACAUGGGAAUUGGUAAAAUUAUGUCCUAAUGGCAACACUGGGCCAACAAUUAUUGGUUUCCUUCUUCUUCAGCCUGAUUUAUGUCGCAGAAAGUCUUGUCCAGUUGUGCUUCUUUUGCAUGGAAAUGCAGGAAACUCUACUACCCGGCUACCAAUGUGUCAAGUUUUAGAAAACCGUUUUCAAUGUAAUAUUUUUAUUAUAGACUAUCGAGGUUAUGGUCAGAGUACCGGAAAGCCAAGUGAAGAGGGCUUAUAUGCAGAUUGUACGUGUGCUCUUAAUUAUUUAUACAUGAGAAGUGAUCUGAACAAUAAAAAAAUAUUUGUACUUGGUCGAUCAUUGGGAGGAGCGUUAGGUAUUUAUUUGGCAGUGGAUCCUAUAUCAAGUGAGAAAAUAUGUGGUGUUAUUAUUGAAAAUACGUUUACAUCUAUCACUGAUGCUGCAAGUCAUAUCCUCAAUAUACCCUGUAAAUUGCCCUCUUGGUUGUUCUCAAAUCAAUAUACCUCCUUGGCUAGACUUCAAAGUUGUAGCAAAUCUAGAAAGAAAUCCUCAGCUUUCCCACCUCUUUUGCUUAUCUCAGGUGAGUUGGAUAAUAUUAUUCCACCAAAAAUGAUGUGGAAGCUUGCUGAAGCUUAUGAAAAUAUAGUGACAAAACAGCAUAUUCGAAAUGAGCGUAGUUCGAGCGUAAUGUACGACGACUCCCCAAACCCUAACUCGCUUUCCCAAAACCCAGUUACCUUCAUUAAUUCUGGAAAAGAUGGUCUUGUGAGUUUUCCGGAUGGUCAUCAUAAUGAUACUUGGCUUUGUAACAAGUGGUCAGACGUUAUUUUACGUUUUAUCGAGCAAUCCAGCGUACAUAUCAGAAGUACUGUCAACGAAAUUGAUCUCAAUGUAUCUGUUUGA